AUGGAUUCAACAAAUGUUCCUCUCCAGCCUCCAACUUUUGGAAACCUUAUCACGGUGUUGAGUAUCGAUGGAGGUGGAAUCCGAGGGCUCAUCCCCGGAACCAUCCUCAAUUUCUUGGAGUCUGAACUUCAGAAACUAGACGGCGAGGAUGCAAGAAUCGCCGAUUAUUUCGAUGUGAUUGCUGGGACGAGCACUGGUGGAUUGGUGACAGCCAUGUUAACUGCUCCAAACGAAAACAAUCGUCCCUUGUUUUCGGCUAAAGACAUCAAAGAUUUCUACCUCGACCACUCUCCUAAAAUCUUCCCCCAGAAACGUUUUGGCAGAUCGCUGGCGAUAGAAAAGAUCGUCAAUGCGCUGAUGGGUCCAAAAUAUGAUGGAAAGUAUCUCCACCAGCUCGUCAAGGAAAAACUUGGAGAUACAAAAUUGAGCCAAACUUUGACUAAUGUUGUUAUCCCUGCCUUCGACAUCAAGCUCCUUCAGCCCACCAUCUUCUCCAGCUACGAGGUCAAGAACAAACCUGAUUUGAAUGCAGCGGUCUCCGACAUAUGCAUUUCGACAUCCGCGGCGCCUACUUAUCUUCCUGCUCAUUACUUCAAAACUCAGAAUGUCGCCACUGGUAAAGUUAGGGAAUUUAACCUUGUUGAUGGUGGCGUUGCUGCUAAUAAUCCAACUUUGCUGGCUAUGGGUGAAGUGACAAAGGAGGCACUGAAAGGGAACCCAGAUUUCUUUGCUAUAAGAGUAACAGAUUACUCGAGGUUUCUAGUUAUAUCGUUGGGGACGGGAUCCCCAAAAGAUGAAAUGAAAUACACGUCGGAGAAGGCUGCCAAGUGGGGUUUGUUGCAGUGGCUCACGGCCGGCGGUUCCACGCCGAUCAUCGACGUGUUUUCUCAUGCAAGUUCUGAUAUGGUGGAUUUUCAUCUUUCUGUGGUUUUUAAAGCUCUUCAUUGCGAACAAAACUACCUCCGAAUUCAGGAUGAUACAUUGAACGGAGUUAUAUCCUCAGUGGACAUAGCCACGAAGAAGAACUUGAAUGAUCUUGUUGAGGUCGGUGAAAAAUUGUUGAAGAAACCAGUCUCGAGGGUGAAUUUGGAGACGGGUGUUGUUCAACCUCGUGAUUCUGAAACAAACGAGCAAGCUCUCAUAAGGUUCGCAAAAGUGCUGUCCACGGAAAGGAGGCUUCGCCAUUCCAAGUCUCCCCAUGGAAAGGAUGCUGCAGCGUCCAUUUAAUUAAUAUCAUGAUAAUUAAUUUUAUAUGCAAUAUAAAU